GAUGAAGGUGAGUCAAUAUACAGAGCAUCAGAAAGAUUUAAGGAACUUCCUAGGAAGUGUCUGUAUCAUGUUCUUCCCAAUUGUUCACUUAUGUCAAAGCCGUUUGAUGAGACUUACUCUUUGAUUGAAGAAAUGGCUACAAACAAUUUCCAAGGGCCUUCUAAAAGGGUAAACCCUAUAAAGAUAGCUAGUGUGCAUGACAAUAAUGUGCUUUCAGCUCUUACUUCUCAGGGAUGUCGUUAUGGCAAUUCUUGUUUCUUUUUGCAUGAUUAUGGCUCUAGGAUUUUGUCUGCUACUCCACCCAAUAGCUGUUUUCAAGAAGAUGAAGUUACGACUGGUUAUUCUUUUCUUCAACUUCUGCCUUCAACUGUUGAUGGUUGUGUGCUUGUGCUUAAUGAUAAAAAUUUGCAUUUUACACCAAAUCUUUCGCAAUGCCUAAGUCCGAAAAAGAUAUAUGCUACAACAAGACAUCAAGAUUCUUCAUGCAUCAAUGCUUUUCCAACUGGUGUCAGGGUACUAUGGAAUGUCAUACGUCCAUCUCAAAUUAUUAUUGGAGCUAAAGGAGAUACAUUUAUCCCUUGGAAAGAAAUCCAUUCAGUCUUAUGGUUUGUUGAUUAUGAGGCUGAGCAUUCAGAUAUUCUUGAAUUGCAGAACUUCUUAGAGUUUCUUGCUGUUCGAAUUUUGGCUGAUAGCUUGACCAAACUUCGGCCAAUUAUCAUAAUGAACAACAUCAGGUUUGCUCAGUGUCAGGUUGAAAGGCUAGCCAGGGAUUGUUUCUUUUUCCUCACCGAAUCAGCUCCAUUUGACGAGGCAAAUUUUGGUAGUUUCUCAGAUUCCUGUGGGAUUGCAAGGCCGAUGCAGGUCUGUAGACCAAUCUGUUAUGCUUUUGAAAUGGUUCCUCCAACUGAUAUCCAAUUUGGGGAUUAUGCUGCUGCCCUUCACAUGGGUCUACACAAUAUUUAAUGAAGCUGGUAAUUCUCAUUUCUUGUUAAGCCAAAUUUGUAUGUUUAAGUAGUUCUAUAGGCAUUUUGGAUAUGUUUAUGCCCUAAUUUUGUACAGGGAGUCCGCUUUUCUUGUCAUUAUUGGUGGCUUUACUCGUUAAUUAAGUUAGGCUAUCUGCCUCUAGGCUUCAUUAGGUUAGCAUGUUUGCGUGUGUAUUUAUAUGUACUUUAAAUUUUGAUUAACGAUGUUUAUGUUAUCAAUAAUCACUAUUUAUCUCAUAAACAUGUAAUGGUGACAUCAGAGUUGAGU